CAGAUUAACACCACCAAAUGGCUAGUGUUAUGGAGCGGAGCUUCUAUUUUCUCUUCUUCCUCCUCCUCAUCGUGGCGGUGGUUGAAGCGAAGGCAAGAAGUCCUUCUCCUAAGCCCAAGAAAGUGACGUGCGAAGACAAGUACUCCAGGUGCUACUACAAGAGCUUCUACUGCCCAGCUUCCUGUCCCCAGGCUUGUGUCGUGAAUUGCACUAAGUGCCAACCUGUUUGCCUUGCUACGCCUCCGCCACCACCACCGCCGCCACCAUACCAUGAGCCAACGAAAGUGAAGUGCAAAGACAAGAAGUACCCAAGUUGUUACUACAAGAACCUCUUCUGCCCAGCUUCUUGUCCCCGCACUUGUGUUGUGGAUUGCGCCAAAUGCCAACCUGUUUGCCCCGCUACGCCUCCUCCCCUUCCGUCCUCUCCACCACCAACUCUUCCCCCACCACCGCCACCACCACCACCAGCUCUUACCCCACCACCACCACCACCACCACCAGCUCUUACCCCACCACCACCACCACCACCUUCCGGGUCAGAUUCUCCACCAAAGACAGCUAAAUGCAAGAACAGGAAUUUCCCUGUGUGUUAUGGAAUGGAGCUAACCUGCCCUAGCGGUUGUCCCGAUCAUUGCGAGGUAGAUUGUGUCACAUGUAAACCUGUCUGCGACUGCAAUAAGCCAGGGGCUGUUUGUCAAGAUCCUCGAUUCAUUGGAGCAGAUGGGAUCACCUUCUACUUCCAUGGUAAGAAAGACAGAGACUUCUGUCUGGUUUCCGACUCCAACCUCCACAUCAAUGCCCACUUCAUCGGUCGCCGGAACGAAAACAUGAAGAGGGAUUUCACUUGGGUCCAAUCUCUAGGUAUCCUCUUCGACAACCACAAACUCUACAUAGGAGCCCAAAAGACAGCAACUUGGGACGACGCCGUCGACCGCCUUGCCCUUGUCUUCGACGACCAACCCAUUAUGCUUCCUGACGGUGAAGGUUCCAAGUGGCAACCAAUCGAAGCACAGGGUACUAGCAUCACCAGGAUCCGCGACACUAAUACCGUCGAAAUCGAAGUUGAGGGCAAUUUCAAGAUCAGGGCAACAGUGGUUCCGAUCACGAAGAAAGAUUCAAGGAUUCACAAUUAUGGUAUCGACCAGGAUGAUUGCUUCGCCCACCUGGAUUUGAGCUUCAAAUUCUAUGGAUUGAGCGAGGAUGUCAAUGGUGUUCUGGGCCAAACUUAUGCUAGCAAUUACGUGAGCAGAGUGAAAAUGGGUGUCGUGAUGCCUGUUUUGGGUGGGGAGGAGAAGUUUUCUUCUUCAACCUUAUUUGCCACUGACUGCACCGUCGCUCGAUUCACCGGUGAAGUUGCCGGGUCGGAGAAUUUCGAGUACGCUAAGUUGGACUGUGGCGGUGGAAUGGACGGCCGUGGAGUUGUUUGCAAGAGGUGAAGUGAUUUGCACCAUAAAACCAGAGUGUAAUCUCAUGAAAUAAAAUUCUGUAACAAAA